AUGGUUUGGCUACGCACCGUUCGAUCUUACUCUUCCUCCAAAUCCGAAAAUGUGGAUAUAGAAUCCAUCCUCGCGAAACCAAGUUGGUCCGUCAGAGCUUUGCUCCCCGACGAAGCGGCAAAAGCUUCCUCGCCGUCAGUCACCUCGAAACAGCUUCACCAUCUUCUUCGUCUGUCAGCCCUACCGCAGCCUAAGAGUAAAGAAGAAGAAUCCUCAAUGAUCAGGACCCUCGAGUCCCAAAUCCACUUUGUGAAAGAAAUCCAGCGUGUCGAUGUUACGGGCGUUGAGCCUCUUCGAAGCAUACGGGAUGAGACACCGGAGGGAGUGAAAGAGAGCACAAUUGGAUUAGAACAACUUCAGGAGGCCAUGUCUAAGGAAAGGGUUGUCGGGCGCAAUAAGAGGAUACAGCGUAUCCAAACACAGAAAAAUGACCGUCCGGAUGGGACUGCAUGGGAUGGCAAUGCUCUUGGACACACAUCCAAGACCAAGGGGAAAUUCUUCGUCGUCGAGACGGGGCCAUCCGAUGCGCCCGAUCCGCCGCCAAACGACCAUGGACAAGAUCUGACCACGAUCAUGGACCGGUCUCAACGCGGAGACCUGACGGUGCUCGUUGCUGAGAUCACCCAACAUAUGCGGGAUUCAAUUGUGCAGAAUUUCCAAAGCACGGCAGCUGAGAAGAACGACAAUCCCCCAACUGACCAACCAGCGCCGGAGAAAGAUGGCGGAGCUGCUAGUCUCUCAUCUCCACCUACAGAUACCCCAAAAGAAACAGCUCCAGCUCCAGCUCCAGCGGACAACCAGAAGCCACAGGAAACGGCCUCAAAGGCCCAAUACGAAAAAGCUGCAGCCAGUACACUUUCAUGCUUCGAUGACUGGAGAGAUACUGUCCUUCUCCGGAUCGGCGAGGUUGUUAAUAGAGAUGGCGAAAACGAGGGUCAGCAGAAUGGCACCAUCCAGGCUGAACUCGAAUCAAAGGAGUUGCCCUUGAAUGAGGACGAGAACUCCUUAAAAAAAUUACAUGAAAUAUAUCCACCCGUGGAAACCGCUCUUGUUCAACUCCCUAAAGCCACCAAACUUCUUAUUCUACAUUCACUACUGCUGCUACUGCUGAGUCUCGAACAUUACAAUGCGUAUUCCCGAGUUCUUAUGAUGUAUGUUGUGUCUAGUUUGAAAUUGGACAUAAACAUCCUGAAUGAUGAUGAGGUCAAAGUUGCGCGGGGGUUGCUUGAUACGGCCCUCCAGCUCUCAUCGAAUCCGGAAGCAAAGGACCAAGUCAAAAAGAGCGACUCGAGUAAAAAAUGGAAGGUCGGAAUAGCUUCCGUAGCUGGUGCUGCUAUCAUCGGGCUCACAGGUGGACUUGCUGCGCCAUUGGUUGCGGCGGGGCUCGGAACUGUUAUGGGAGGCCUUGGACUUGGUGCCACGGCAGCUGCAGGAUACCUAGGAGCCCUUGCUGGUAGUGGUGUUAUUGUUGGGGGUCUUUUUGGAGCCUACGGUGGCCGCAUGACCGGAAAGAUGAUGCACAAGUACGCUCGCGAAGUGGAAGACUUUGCAUUUAUCCCUAUCCGUGGUUCUCGGAACAGGUCGGAGGAUGAGAGAGAAGCUGCUCGUGAAGACCACCGGCUACGAGUGACUAUCGGUAUCAGUGGUUGGAUAACUGAAGAAGAGAACUUUGUCAUUCCAUGGCGUGUCAUUGGCGCCGACUCUGAGGUAUUUGGCCUUCGCUGGGAAUUGGUGUCAUUAUUGAACCUGGGUAAUGCCAUCAAUGCCUUGGUGACCAGUGCUGCAUGGUCAGUUGCAAGCUCUACUCUGGCGAGAACCAUGUUUGCACAGCUCAUGAGCGCUGUUGUCCUUCCUCUCGGUAUUCUCAAAGUCGCUAGCGUCGCCGAUAAUCCUUUCAGUGUAGCUAAAGCACGAGCUGAUAAGGCUGGAGAGGUCCUCGCUGAUGCGUUAAUCAACAAGGUACAAGGAGAGCGAUCUGUGACUUUGGUUGGAUAUUCCUUGGGGUCUCGAGUCAUUUUCUCUUGCCUUCAGAGCCUGGCCAAGAGACGCGCAUACGGUCUGGUGGAAUCUGCGAUUUUCAUGGGAUCACCGACACCAUCGAACACCGAGCAUUGGCGCCGCAUGCGCAGCGUUGUGAGUGGACGAGUUGUCAAUGUUUUCUCGUCGAAUGAUUCAGUGCUUGCUUUGUUGUAUCGAACCAGCAGUCUCCAGCUAGGUGUCGCCGGACUACAGGCCGUGGAGGGUCUACCGGGGGUUGAGAACCUCGACAUGAGUGAGAUGAUCAGUGGACACUUGCGCUACCAGCACUUGAUUGGAAGAAUUCUCAACGAAGUUGGUUUGGAAAGCAUUGAUUCUCAGGAAAUGACUCGGCAGGAGGCUGCUCUGGAAGCCCUGGAUCGGAAACGGGAGGAAGAGCGGAUUCAAAACGAGCGCGAGGCAGGAGUUGAUCAUGACAAGGCAGCGCGCGAGGAUUUGGAAAAUGGCAAGGGCCUUGAUGAACAUGAAAAGCUCCAGAAACAAGUGGAUGAGAGGACCCAGGAGCGUCUUCUUCCUCGCGCGGCGGAAAAGUUGAGGUUGCAUAGGAAACGUCCCACUCCACCACCUGUUUACCCUGGGACUUAG